AUGAUGGCGGUGCCGUGCACGCACGCACGAGCGCGAGGCUGGCACGGCUGGCUAACGAAAAAGAAGCCACGCUCCUCCGUAUCCACACGGGUUGGAGACUGGCAAGAGAGCCCUUCUCUCUUUUUUCCCCCUUAG